ACAGCUGACCCAUAACUAACCAGUACUACGAGGUGAUUGCAAGUUCGCUGUCGCCCAUUUUGUUCCACAGUUUACAAAGGACGUGUCAAGCUAGAUCAGCGUGGUUCAAUACGUUCAUUAUAGACGCCGGCACACCCAUGGACGGGUGGGCGCACGACGGGCUCGGCGAUGGGGCCACCACCGCACGGAAGAGGGAAGCUGGGCGGGACAAUGUUCAACAUCUGCCGCCCAGUAACGGACCUCACUACGGUAGUACACCGCCAGCUAGGAACGACUAUACAGGUGUUAGGGGACGGGUGUCGGCUCUACCAGUCCGCCCUGGCCUGCUGACUGCAGACGAACUGAGCCCGACGUUACGUGAGGAGGUACAGAGAGCCUACAUCUACUACGGGUACAGAGUCAACCUCACCACAUGGGAGUGUAUUAAAGGCCUGUUUGCCCUGUCCAACGAAACUGUAAACAUAUGGAGCCACCUCCUCCCAACCGUCUACUUCGUCGUUCUCUUGGCAAAAGAAGGAAGCCAAGAGGAAGGAUAUGCUCGCAACGUCCGACUAGCACAAGAGAUAUGCGCUAUAAUUGGCUUAUUUGGCUCCACGCUGUGCCAUCUGAUGUGGGGACAUAAGUGCGACAAAGUUCGCCGUGCGUUCCUGGCCACGGAUGUCGCCACAUUCUGCAUUGCUGUGAUGGGCUCAUACAUAGUUUUCCUGCACUAUGGCUUCUAUUGUAUUCCGGGUUGGAGAAACUUCUACCUGUCUAUAUUUGUCGUUUUCCUGCUUGCAAACGUCAUUUCUAUCUACCGAUAUGCGUUUGAGCCGGAGAGCGACAAGAAGAGGGAGGAAAGGCUUGUACAGGCGGCGUGUGUGGGCUCGUUCCCCUUCAUCUCCAUCUUCCACCUGUUCCUGGUGCUGUGUACGGAUUGGGACACGCUCCACAUGACGACCUUACUGAGGAUCUUAGUGAAUGCCUACCUCGCCGGUGUAGUCGCCAUGGCGUUUUAUGGUCUUCAUAUUCCGGAAAGAUUCUUCCCAGGGAAACUGUGGUUUGCAGGCUACAGUCAUCACUGGUGGCACCUUGUCGCCACCUUGUACCAGCUGGGCUGGUACUAUGCAUGCUGGGAGUUAGAUGACGUCAUCCAGAGGGAGUCGCCAUGUUUAGAGUCUUAAUCUCAGGGAAAUUUCGAUUAGAAUUUACAGUUAUGAUUAACACGAUAGGUGUGACAUAUAACGCACAUAUGCACAUCGUUUUUUUAGAAAAUAUAUACCACAAAGUGGAACGUGUUGUUUCUUGUCCUAUCACACAAAAAAGACAAAAGCAAUACGAACGUACAGAGUAUAUUCAAUCCACUGACAAGCGUACCAAUUGCAUGGACCUUGCACUGACAACGCAAUAACCAUCGCUGCACAGCUAAAUAUACAAAAAUACUAUAUACCACAUUAGGCAAGUAAUAUCUGAGGUACAGGCAUAAAUACUUAUAUACAUGCCUUCUUAAAUCAUAUCUCAAUACAAUACUGUAGUACUAUAACAACAUAUCUAACAGCUAUGUAUACCUCAUCAAAACAGUCUAACGAAUAGAUUAAGAAGGACCGUCCGUGAGUCGUCCAGAAAAUAGAAUAGUAUGGUAAAUAUUUCCUUCAUACACAUAUAAACAGCAACAGUUUAGAUAUUACAAAGUAAUGACCUUGCGUUAUAAACUUCAUACUAGUGCAAUCCAAUACAAUGACGAUAUGGUAAACAAAAAUGAAUAAUGAAAAUUUCACUAGUACAUCCAAACAAUACUUAAGAAAUGUACUUCUCUUAAAAGCAAUAAAAGUGUAACAUCUAGA